AUGCCUAUGCCCGGCAGCCAGGCGAACCCCACUGACUCCACCGGACUUGCAGAACAGCCAAGCGAAGACCCUGAAAAGCAACCGGUUCAAGAUGUAGCGACCGGGCAUGAGAAGUUCUCUGUGUUUACUACGGGUGAAAAGAGAGCCAUGGUCGCGAUUGGCUCUCUCGCUGCUUUCUUUUCGCCCUUGUCGUCAAGCAUAUAUUUCCCGGCACUCGACACAAUAGCGUCCGCGCUGGAUGUAUCCACCUCGAAGAUCAAUAUCACAGUUACAACGUACUUGAUCCUACAAGGAGUUGCACCGAUGUUCAUCGCAGGCUUCUCUGACACAGCUGGAAGACGCCCAGCCUACAUGAUCUGCUUCACAAUCUACCUCGCAGCAAAUCUUGGUCUCGGUCUUCAAAACAGCUAUGCCGCCUUACUCGUUCUCCGAAUGCUACAAAGUGCCGGAAGCAGUGGUACUGUCGCCCUUGCCAAUGGCCUGGUAGCAGAUAUGGUGACUUCUUCGGAGCGAGGUAGCUACAUUGCCUUUGCCUCACUCGGAAGCAUGCUUGGUCCUUCCCUGGCACCCGUCAUCGGUGGACUGAUCAGCCAGUAUCUAAACUGGCAUUGGAUUUUCUGGUUCCUCCUCAUCCUUUCUGGUGUAUUUUUUACCGGCCUCGCCCUUUUCCUACCAGAAACAUGCCGAAAGGUCGUUGGAGAUGGAUCAAUCCCGCCGCCUACCCUGAAUAUGUCUUUGACAGACGUCCUCCGACAUAAGCGACGCAUCAAGAAGGGCCUGAAUCCCGACCCUGAGAAAGUGGCCGAGAUUCGGAAGAAUUAUCGCUUGCGCAUUCCUUCGCCAUGGCCUACCUUGAGAGUGUGUUUCGAUUUGGAAACGGCCUUGAUCCUGCUCACCACAGGAUUGAUGUUCGCCUGCUUCUAUGCCGUCAUGACCGGUGCCACUACCUCGUUCCAUGAAGUCUACCACUUCAACAACAUUCAAACUGGAUUGAUGUAUCUCCCAAUCGGUGCCGGUGGAAUUGUAUCCGCAUUCACGACAGGUCGCAUCGUCGACUGGAAUUAUCGGCGCCACGCCAAAAAAGCCGGACUCCCUGUGCUGAAAAAUGUUCGAGCAGACAUCCGCAACUUCAAUAUUGAAAAAGUACGAAUUCAAGUCGCGCUACCGCUGUACUAUACGAGUCUUGUUACAGUCAUUGGAUACGGGUGGGUUCUGGGCCACAAGGUGAACCUAGCGGCCCCGAUCAUUCUCUUAUUCAUUUGCGGAUACUGUCUGAAUGGCGCUUCGCAAGUAUUGAAUGCAUUGAUGGUGGACAUCUGGCCGGGAAGGUCAGCCUCUGCUACUGCCGCAAACAACCUUUUUCGCUGUGAACUUGGCGCUGCUGCGUCUGCUGCUAUUAGUCCCAUGACCCAAGCCAUGAGCUCGGGAUGGGCAUAUACCACCCUUGCCUUGAUUGCACUCGCGGCGUCACCUUCUUUCUGGAUCAUGAUGACCCAUGGAAUCAAGUGGCGGCAGAAGAGACUUGGGAAAAAGGAGGAAUCGGAAGCGCAGAAGAAUGGCGUUAAUAUAAAGAUCUAG